AUGACAGAGCCAGAGGCGCGGACCACCAUUGUAGGCUCUUGUGUCCAGUUCAGAAUUGAUUACGAGCAAAUCAAGCAGCUUCCCACCGGCGAGGCUGUCAUCUCCGACGUCAUCUCUGCCGGGGGGCACCUCUGGAGGAUUGAAGUCUUCCUGCGUGGGGACAGGGGAGCUGACAAGGGCGAGUAUGUUUCUAUCGUCCUCGUGCACAUCAGCAAAUGCAGAAGCGUCAGGACCAAGAUCGGGGUCUUCAUGAUGCGCAGGGACGGCAAACCAUCUACAUCUGACAUACGAUGGAUAUGCGAAACCUUCGGAAUCAGUGAGGGCGAUGACUCAUGGGGAUGGGAUGAGUUCAUGAAGCUUACUGAUGUGGAGAAAACUUUCUUAACAGAGGGACGCGUCACAUUGGCAUGCUCUAUCAUGGUCAUGGAUGACAGUGAUAUCCCUGUCCCGCCUUCAGACAUUGGGACUCAUCUUGGCCGCCUGCUCGAUCAAACUGAAGGGAUAGACGUGUCAUUCAUUGUUGACGACGAGAAAUUCCCUGCUCACCGAGCUGUGCUUGCUGCCCGCUCACCGGUCUUCAGAGCAGAGCUGUUCGGUCCCAUGGCCGAGGCUACAAUGUCAUCGAUCACGUUGCACGACAUCACACCUGCAACAUUCAAAGCUAUGCUUCGGUUCAUAUACACGGAUGAAUUGCUUGCAGAAGACGAGCCUGCAGACUCCUCCAUUGAGAUGUUUCAGAACCUACUUGUUGCGGCUGAUCGGUAUGCACUUGACCGACUGAAAAUUAUUUGUGCCCAGAAGCUAUGGGAAAAAGUGUCGGUAGAUACAGUUUCAACUAUCUUAGCUUGUGCCGAAACCCAUAACUGUCACGAGUUGAAGAACAAGUGCAUCGACUUCUUUUCGGCGGAGGAAAAUUUCAAGGAGGCCAUCUUCACCGAUGGUUAUGCAAUGUUAGUUCUGAAAUUCCCAUCAAUUACGGCUGAGCUCAAAAAGAGGGUUAGGGCAUAACACGUCUAUACUUCAGGCGUUCAAGCAGAGCUCUGGUAUGGUGUUUUGGUACAUGGCGAGUAGUUUGUAGUUUCUCACAGCAGGUCAAGCAUACAAUCUCUGCCUGGGGAGCCUGGGAGCUUGAUAUUGCAGAAUCUUGCUAAGUGUUGGGCUUAGUUCCUAUGAGUACUGAUAAGUAUGCUGUCAGAUAACUCAAAUGCAAAGUUAUGGACGUUAUCGUGUUAAAUCAGCAUCCUGUUCUGUUUCUGUUUCUGUCCUGGUUUGGACAUGUGGUGUCCUGAAGCUUUUAGGAUGUUCACUUUUGCUAUGCUGGUCCAUAACUAUCUAACUAUCCGUAGUCUUGUCUCCAUGAAUAUUUUAUGAUCGGUGCAAGCAUGUCAGGUGUUAGAAAUUA